GUCACCAUCUUCCUUCGCACCGCCCUCUUAUUGUCUUCAAACAAGGGAGUGACACGCCGGCCACGUACAGGUAUCUAUAUAUACGUAUACAUACAUACUAAUAGCAUCCUCCCCUUUGGAGAUGCUCGCGUGGCUCGUGGAGGAAGUGGCGAGUCCCUACGGCACGGUGACCACCCUCCACUGGGCCGUGCCGGACGCAGCGGCAGACGGUGAGGACGACGACGGCAGUCUCAACUCCACCGCGCUGCAGGUGGAGCUGGAGAGCGCGGAGGACCAGCUGGGGGCCGUGCUGUGGAACAGCAACCCGGCCGCCCUGCACUACCUCCACACGCACGUCUUUCAACUCCCUCCGUUGAAGGGAAGGGGUGCGAGCACACCGGUAUCGGCCACGUCGUCGUCUCACUCUCCUUUAGCGGGCAUGAACAUUGUGGAGCUGGGGGCGGGUGUGGGGUGUCUCGGCGUUGCCCUCGCCAUGGCGGGCGCGCGCGUUGCCGUGACGGAUGUGAAGGAGCUACUGCCGCUGAUGGCGCACAACGUAAAGCUGAACGAGACGCGAGUGCGGACACGCAGCCACGGCGUCGGCUACUGUGCGGCACUGCAGUGGAAGUGGGGCCCUACAGCGACGACCAGCGUGCACAAGCAGCUCCAGAAGGAAAUGAAAGGUUCUCCGAAGAGCAGUCACGAUAGCAAUAUCAUUGGUGGCAGCGCCAAAAACAGUGGCUCUUCGGCAGAGGACGUGGCAGCCGUCGAGCGGGUAAUGUCCGCGAUGGUGGAAUCGCUGAAGAAGCCGUCGGACUCUCUUGUAGCGUGCAGCAACGCCCUGCAGCCAACAGCGUCGAGAACUGCCGCAUCCUCCACGCCUCCCUACCACUACGUGAUCAUGUGCGAUGCCCUCUACGGCAACCCGAAAGACUGGCCAGCGCUGCUCUAUACGCUCACGGAGCUGCUCUCCACCAACCCGGACGGCUGCGAGGUCGUCAACUUCUGUGAGCAGCGCGUGGAAGACGUGGAGGGUGCCUUCCUGCAGAUGCUCGACGAAGAAAACAAACGGGUGUACGUGCCGGCGUCGCAGAAAGACACGGCCGAGGACCCUCUCUGGGCAGCCGUGAAGGACAGCGCGCGGAAUUAUGCUGUGGCCGCCUCCGCAGCGAUGGAAAACAGCGCUUCUAGUCGUGGCACCUCCAGCUCUUCGGCGGCGGCUGUGGAGCUGCACCGAGCCCGCGACGAGGCCGCGAGUGCGCUGCUGAACUACGUGUUGGUGCAGCGUCGCGGCACACAUCAUUGGACCUACAAGACCGAAGUCGUGGCGGAGGCACAGAGUGAGCUGAACAUGACCAUUCGAGCCACCCGCAUUCGCUGGACUCCCGCGAAGGCGGACGCUGCAGCAGACAGCAGUGCGGCUGCCCCUGCGGAAUCGCGCCGUCGCCCUCGCGAAGCGGAGAGAGUCGCAGAGCAACCCCACACGGCGGCUCUCAAGAAGGCAAAGGAAGGCGGAUGA